GUGGGUACUUACCUAAAUCACAACAUUUCUAUGUAAUUCUAAUUGAAUGGUAUUUUUUGUUUUUGUUUUUCUUUAUCGUGUAGUAUCAGGACGUAAAUUUAUCAGUAUCUAUCAGACAGUUUUUAUGGUCCCUCCGUUGCGCUUCUUCUGUCAAUGCCGUACCAUGUGAAGCCAACUUUAGGAUGUCACAGUCGAG